AUGGGCAAUAAUGCUGCCACCGCAAACAAAAAGGUGGACGCCGCCGAAAGCGUCAAAGAGUUCCUCGAUCAGGCCAAAGAAGAUUUCGAGGAAAAAUGGAAGAAGAAUCCUACCAACACCGCCGGACUGAAUGACUUUGAACGAAUAAAAACAUUAGGUACGGGCUCAUUUGGUCGCGUCAUGAUAGUUCAACAUAAGCCCACGAAAGAAUAUUAUGCAAUGAAAAUAUUAGAUAAACAAAAAGUAGUGAAAUUGAAACAGGUCGAGCACACAUUGAAUGAAAAGCGAAUUCUGCAGGCUAUUAACUUUCCUUUCCUUGUUAGCCUUAAGUUCCAUUUCAAGGACAACUCCAACCUGUAUAUGGUUUUGGAAUACGUGCCUGGUGGUGAGAUGUUCUCGCAUCUGCGAAAAGUUGGACGCUUCUCUGAGCCCCAUUCGAGGUUUUACGCUGCGCAAAUAGUAUUAGCCUUUGAAUACCUACAUUACCUCGAUCUAAUUUACCGAGAUCUUAAACCUGAGAAUUUGUUAAUUGAUUCUCAAGGAUACCUCAAAGUGACUGAUUUUGGAUUUGCUAAGAGAGUCAAGGGACGUACAUGGACCCUUUGCGGCACACCCGAGUACCUGGCACCUGAGAUUAUUCUUUCCAAAGGCUACAACAAAGCAGUGGAUUGGUGGGCGCUUGGUGUCCUCGUGUAUGAGAUGGCGGCCGGUUAUCCGCCAUUCUUUGCGGAUCAGCCGAUACAAAUCUAUGAGAAAAUUGUUUCAGGUAAGGUUCGUUUUCCUUCACAUUUUGGUUCAGAUCUGAAAGACCUCUUGCGCAACCUACUGCAAGUAGACUUAACAAAAAGGUAUGGUAACCUGAAAGCUGGUGUUAAUGAUAUUAAAGGCCACAAAUGGUUUGCAAGCACUGAUUGGAUAGCUGUCUUUCAAAAGAAGAUUGAAGCACCUUUCAUCCCACGCUGCAAAGGUCCUGGUGAUACAAGCAACUUUGAUGAUUAUGAGGAGGAAGCAUUGCGUAUCUCAUCAACAGAAAAGUGUGCAAAAGAAUUUGCUGAAUUCUGA